AUGCCUGUUCUAUACAAGAUCCUUGAAGUUUUGCUUCGAAAACAUCUGAAGGAAAUAACAGACCCCAUCCAAAGUAGACUACAAAGAGGCUUCACUGCAAACGCGUCUCCUCUACGCUGUGCUCUCCUGGUGCAAGAAGCUCUACUCGCGGCCAAGGCCAGGAAACAAGAUUUAUUCAUUGCCUUUCUUGAUGCCAAGUCUGCCUUCGAUGUCGUUCCUCACAACAGCUUGAACAGAAAACUGAUCAAUUCAGGAGUGAACGGCGCAUUGUGGCUCUUGCUAAGAGAUCUGCAUCAAGAAGCCUCCUCAUGCAUAAAAUGGGAUGGUGUUACCUCUGACCCGUUCUCGGUCCUCCAAGGUGUAAGGCAAGGGGGAGUACUCAGUACGGAACUCUAUAAGACCUUCAUAAAUGAUCUCCUUGAAAGGCUAAACAACUCGGGACUAGGAACCAAGGUAGGACAUCUCAGAAUACCUGCGCCCACUUGUGCAGAUGAGGUUGCCCUCAUCGCAGAAUCAAAAGAGGAACUGGCAAUACUCAUCAACAUGGCAGUUGACUACAGCAAUAGGGAGCACUACGUACUUCAACCAACAAAAAGCGUAGUGAUGCAGGUUGCCAGCUCGGACACAAAAGAACUUGUCCCACACCACAACUUCGAAAUAAAUGGCACAGCGAUGCCGAUUGUCAAGCAAACAUCACAUAUGGGCAUUCUUAGAGCGUCAAGAAACCAAAACCAAAUAGCUAUCGCUGAGAACAUCAGGAAAGGAAGACAAGCAGCCUAUGCGUUGAUGGGACCUGGGCUUCAUGGCAGGAAUGGCCUUGAAUCUCAUACAGCCUGCCACCUAAUAAGAACAUUUGUCCUCCCUAUAAUCCUAUAUACUGGAAGUCCUACAACCUUCUUCCAACCAACUGCUUCCAUUCGAGAGAUUUCAAAGGAAAAUUCUAAAGCAAGUACUCUCUCUUCCAAUCAGCACCUCCACUGCUGCUGUGUACACGCUUACAGGAUUUCUUUCAGCAGAAGCAGAGAUUUACAAGAGAAUUCUCUCUCUCUUCGGCAGUAUCAUGAGGCAGCCAGGCUCUUUGGAGUACGACAUUGCAUCCAGGUACAUUUGUACUCAACAGAAUGA